AGUAACAACAUUUAAAAAGCAGAGUUCUGCCUGUUGGUGACGUGUAAGAGGAGUUUUAGUGUUUUAUCUCCGCUCUUGUGAACAUGGUCCGGUUGUUCCUGAUCCACACCGUGUGUCCGGUCUCUGCUCUCGGUACCGGGGACAGCCGGGUCCUGUACUCCCGGGUCUUCGGUCCAGAUGAGGGCAUGUUGUCCGAGCAGCACCGGGAGCUGAACCCGGAGGAGAGGCGGCUCCUGCAGAGGGAGAGGACCGCUGUGGUGGCCAGGCAGGUGCGGAGCGCCGUCUCUCUGUCCCGCGAGGCUUCAGGUCGGAUGCUGGUGGAGGUGGUGCCCGGUGAGGAGGCGCUGGCCCUGCAGGAGGCCGACAGCGGAGUGGUGCGUCUGAGAGCCGGUGACCCCUUCUCUGAGGAGAUGAGCGCUCUGUGGCUGGGAGUCCAGAGUGUGGGCUUCGUGCUGGUCUGUGAGCCCCACGAGAACCUCCUGCUGGCCGAGGGGACCCUGCGCAACCUGACCCGGCACUGCCUGGAGCACCUGCACAUGCUGGGGCAGGGCAGCGAGGUCCUGCUGAGGAGCAACCGCAUCGACGCUCUGCUCAGCCGCCUGCUUCCUCACGGCCAGCUCCUCUUCCUCAACCACCGCUUCGCCCAGAGCCUGGAGAAGGAAGUGGUGGCCUACAUGGCCAAGUGAAGCGGAGCAGCCGACCUCCAGUUUAACUACGGCGAGCUGCGAGUGUUUGCGUUCACACACGCAGGCCGACUGUUUGCUUAACACUGGUGACAUUCCUGCAGCAGUAGAAGAAGAAGGGACUGCUGGCAGCUGCUGCUUCAGAUUGCACGAGGUGGUAAACACACACAGAGUGGUAAAUAUCUCCGUCAGCCACUUGCAGCUCACUGUUGACUGUUUACUGUGUGGGAGGCUUCAGUUCAAAUCCUGUUUGUCAAAUUGAAGAGUGGAAAGGAAAAUGUGGCAGAUUAAAGAGUGCAGCUGAAGAGGCCGGUGAAAAGCUCCUCGUCAACAUCAAAGACUGCGAUUUAUCUGAUUCACCAUACUCCAAAUGUCACAGUGUGACCUUGAGGAACCCACCUGACCUCUUGUCUUUUUUUUCUUUGUGUAAAUGAAUCUCAGAGUGCUUUAUUGCCUCGCUGUGACUGCUGCUGCACCUUCGUUCCUUAAGAGUAGGAGGAACCAGAGAUGUUUUGUUGUUGUUGUUGUGUGGCACAAAGUCUGAUUCAUCUCGUAGUAACAAACAGCAGAAAGGGAGCAGAGAAAGAUCAAAGUCGGACCUGUUUAAUGUCACUUUGAACCAAAAAUGUCAUCAUUCAGGAGACGCUGCGGAGAACCAAACAGACAGGAAGUGACUGGAAAUGUUAGAAACCCAAAUGAAAGACAUGUAGAGAUGUUGGCAGAAUACAGAGUGAAACAGGAAAUGAUGAGCGACAGUGGAAACAUCCAGACACAACAAAUAACAAAUGUAUUCCUGUACCUUGUGAACAUCUGUUGUACCUCCGACAGCGGCCCCCUGUGAAGCCUCAGACUCUCCUGCUCCUCCUCCCGGCCUCAUAAAAGCCUCCCAGUUUUUGUGCUGGCAGCAAAAUCCAAAACCAGAGCGAGGAUUUAUAGACGAGGG